AUGUGGGAAUGGAAAAUUGGAUUUGGGAAUUGGGGGAGUUCUGGGGAGUUCCAGGUGUCGAAGGCGGCGGCGGAGCUGCUGAGUUACUGCGAGGCUCACGCCUGCGAGGAUCCGCUGCUCACGCCCGUCCCCACCUCCGAGAAUCCCUUCCGCGAGAAGAAAUUCUUCUGCGCCCUCCUCUGAGCCCCCCAAAAAUAUUGGGGGGGACCCCCAAAAUCCUUCAGGCCGACCCCCUUCAAUUGAGGGUGGAUUUCAGCCCCAAAAAUGAGGCGGAAAAGGAGGGGGGUGGGGGUUGAUUCGGGGCUUUUGGGGUCCCCCUCGCAGCUGGGACCGCCCCCCUAAAUUUGGGGAGUCCUGGGGUGGUCCCAGCUCA